AUGGCAACCCGCGCCCUCCCCCGCGCCCUCCGGGCCAGCAACUUUCUUCCCACAGCCCGCCGCCCAAGCCAGAGAGCUUUUCACCUCAGCGCAACCCACUUCCAGAAGAACAAAAGCAACAGUUCCUCUGCCUCUCCUCCAGGAGCAGGCGCCUUCGCCCGCACCGACGACUCCAUAACCGUCGAAUUCCCCGAUGACUCCUCGCAGCUUCCCUCUUCGCAACCAGUGGACAGCGGCACCGGUCGAGCUGGGCAGAAUGUUUUCCCAACGCUGGCGACGUUCAGCUUACAGGGGAAGGUGGCUGUUGUUACCGGCGGAGCGAGAGGGUUGGGACUGGUGAUGGGGCAGGGGAUUGUGGUUAGUGGUGGGGAUUUGGCUAUUGUUGAUUUGAAUAAAGAAGAAGCAACCAAACAAGCCCAGAACAUCGUCGAGACUUUCAAGAAGGACUAUCCUUCCGCCAAGAAAAUCCCCAAAGUAACAGCCCACCACUGCGACGUAUCCGACCCCUCCUCCGUCGACGCCUGCAUCGCCUCCAUCCUCUCUCAGCACAACAAAAUCGACAACCUCGUAACCUCCGCCGGUUUCACCGAGAACUUCGAAGCGACCGCCUACCCAAUCGACCGCGUGCGCAAGCUCUGGGGCGUCAACGUCGACGGCACCUACCUCUUCGCAACAGCCGUAGCCCGGCACCUGAUGUCACGCGACUCGCCAGGCUCAAUGGUCUUCAUCGGCUCCAUGAGUGGCAGCAUCGUCAAUGUCCCGCAGCCGCAGACGCCGUAUAACGCUUCGAAAGCCGCGGUGAGGCAUCUGGCUGCUAGCUUGGCGGUAGAGUGGGCGAAGGCGGGGAUUAGGGUUCCCUGGGUAUAUGCUUACGGCGCUGACGAAGAAGAUUCUGGAUGA